CUGGAUACAACGUCUGUGCUUGGAGAGCUGGGAUGGAAGACAUAUCCUGUGAAUGGGUGGGACGCCAUCACAGAGAUGGACGAGCACAAUCGGCCCAUCCAUACAUUUCAGGUGUGCAGCGUGAUGGAGCCCAACCAAAACAACUGGCUUCGAUCCAACUGGAUUUCUCGACAAGCGGCUCAAAAAAUCUAUGUGGAGCUUCGCUUCACCUUGCGUGACUGCAACUCCAUCCCUUGGGUGUCUGGCACGUGCAAGGAGACCUUCAACCUCUUCUAUCAUGAGACUGAUGAGGCACAUGGUGUGAAAUUCAAACCUGCUCAGUACACCAAGAUCGACACCAUUGCUGCAGAUGAGAGCUUCACUCAGAUGGAUCUGGGAGAUCGCAUUCUGAAGCUCAACACUGAAGUGCGUGAAGUCGGACCCAUUACAAAGAAUGGCUUCUAUCUGGCAUUCCAAGAUAUUGGGGCCUGCAUCGCUUUAGUCUCAGUGAGAGUGUACUACAAGAAAUGUCCGUUCACUCUGAGAAACCUAGCCUCCUUUCCAGACACGGUGCCUCGUGUGGACUCAUCUUCAUUGGUGGAGGUCAGAGGGGCAUGUAUUGACCAUGCUGAAGAAAGGGACACACCCAAACUCUUCUGUGGCGCUGACGGCGACUGGUUAGUCCCACUGGGGAGAUGUGUCUGCAGUGUUGGGUAUGAAGAGAGUGAUGGCUCCUGCAUUGCAUGCCAGCCAGGCUUCUACAAGGCUUUUGCUGGAAACAUCAAGUGUACAAAGUGCCCCCCAAAUAGUUUCAGCUAUGGAGAAGGUGCAGCAGUCUGCCGUUGUGAAGUGGGCUAUUUCAGAGCUGGAAAAGAUCCUCCAACAAUGGCUUGCACACGUCCUCCGUCCCCUCCCCGUAACUUACUUUUCAACCUCAACGACUCAUGUCUGAUGCUGGAAUGGUCACCCCCCAGUGACACAGGAGGUCGCAGAGACCUCACCUAUAAUGUCCAAUGUAAACGCUGUGGUCCAGAGCCUGACCACUGUCAACUGUGUGAGGAAGAGCUGCGUUUCCUGCCUCAACCGUUCGGCCUGACUACCGCUUCGGUCACCGUCACGGACUUCUCAGCACACGCCAAUUAUACCUUUGAGAUCGAAUCCCUCAACGGUGUUUCAGAAAUGAGUUCAUUUCCUCGACAAGUUGCCAUUAUCAACGUCAGCACCAACCAGGGUGGUCCAUCACUGGUGGGGUAUCUGAAGAAGGACUGGGCCUCUCCCAACAGCAUUGCUCUUUCCUGGCAGCAGCCCAAAGAAACAUCAUUGCCCAUCCUUGACUACGAGAUCAAAUACUAUGAAAAGGAGCAUGAGCAGCUGAGUUACUCUUCAACAAGCACCAAGGAUCCUAGUGUGAUCAUCACAGGCUUAAAACCAGCCACCUGGUACGUCUUCAGUGUCCGAACCCGCACGCCAUCUGGAUACAGCUCCUACGCCCCCAGAUAUGAAUACAAAACUACCGGAGAAUCAUCAGAUCUGGCCUCUGACCAAGGUCAGGUUUUGGUCAUCGUCACGGCGGCAGUGGGUGGCUUCACCCUCCUUGUCAUCCUCACCCUUUUCCUCCUCAUUACUGGAAGGUGUCAAUGGUACAUCAAGGCCAAGAUGACUUCUGAGGAUAAGAGGAGGACCAGUUAUCAGAAUGGACAUGUUCCUUUCCCUGGGAUUAAGACAUAUGUGGACCCUGACACCUAUGAAGACCCUGCGCAGGCCGUCCAUGAGUUUACCAAGGAGAUUGAUCCAUCAAGGAUCCGCAUUGAAAGGGUGAUAGGGGCCGGUGAGUUUGGAGAAGUGUGUAGUGGCCGCCUGAGAACACCAGGGAAGAAGGAGAUAGCAGUGGCAAUAAAGACAUUGAAAGGUGGCUACGUGGAACGUCAGAGGCGUGACUUCCUGCGUGAGGCUUCCAUCAUGGGGCAGUUCGACCACCCAAACAUCAUCAGGCUUGAGGGCGUAGUCACAAAAAGCAGGCCUGUGAUGAUUGUGGUGGAAUAUAUGGAAAAUGGAUCAUUGGACUCAUUUUUGCGGCAACACGACGGUCAUUUCACUGUCAUUCAGCUGGUGGGCAUGCUUCGUGGCAUCGCCUCAGGGAUGAUGUAUCUGUCAGACAUGGGCUAUGUUCAUCGAGACCUGGCAGCUCGAAAUAUCUUAGUCAACAGCAACCUGGUGUGUAAAGUGUCAGACUUUGGUCUGUCCCGAAUCCUGGAGGAUGAUCCUGAGGCUGCUUAUACUACUACGGGUGGGAAGAUCCCAAUUCGAUGGACUUCUCCCGAAGCUAUCUCAUACCGAAAAUUCUCCUCAGCUAGUGAUGCUUGGAGUUAUGGGAUUGUCAUGUGGGAAGUAAUGUCCUAUGGAGAGCGGCCAUAUUGGGAGAUGUCAAAUCAGGACGUAAUUCUGUCAAUCGAAGAGGGCUACCGGCUUCCUGCACCAAUGGGUUGCCCAGUGGCACUCCACCAACUGAUGCUGCACUGCUGGCAGACAGAAAGAAGCCAUCGGCCUAGAUUUGUAGACGUUGUCUCCUUCCUAGAUAAACUUAUCCGCAACCCCAGCAGUUUAUUACCACUAGUAGAGGACAUUCAAAGCCUACCAGAAUCUCCUGGGGAGGAAAUGGACUACCCACUGUUCAUCUCUAUUGGCGACUGGCUAGACUCCAUCAAAAUGAAUCAGUACAAAAGCAACUUCAUGGCAGCGGGCUACCACACGUUGGAUUCUGUUGCGAGGAUGAAUAUUGAAGAUGUGAGGCGUAUCGGUGUGGAUCUGAUAGGCCACCAACGAAGGAUCAUCAGCAGCAUACAGACCCUCCACCUCCAGAUGCUGCACGAACAGGAGAAAGGCUUCCAUGUAUGA